AUGGCGGUGCCGUCACAACUCACGAUACUUGCUCGAUGCAAGAUCGAGACAGGAACUUUCCCACUACUUCUCGCGGACGACAGCGAAUGUAUCGUCGACGAACGCGGCCACUUACCGCAACUGGGUACCAUAUAUAUCAGUCCAACAGUGAAACAGCAAUUGCUAUCUCAGAACAAUUUACAAGAAGGUGGCUACGACAUCUACUUUAAGGGCAACACAAAGACUUGUAUUCUCUCCAAGGUCAAUAACACCCUUUCUAUCCCUCGUACUCAAAGGGGGUAUAAAGCAUCUUGCUCAGACAUUAUUACACAAAUCAUAUCCACCACUGAGAAUAACAAUCAUGACGCACCACAACACACAGGUACAUCUUGCGCCACGCCACCUAUGGUAUGUACCGCCACCCCAGCACCCACCGCGGACACCACAACCCCAGCAUCACCGAAUCUUACAACUUCGACCACCACACAAACAUACGAUGAAUUCCACAGCAUCAAUAGCCAUCGCAGCCGCAACACCACUUUAAAAAUGACAGCCAAGAAAGGGAUCAUACUGACGCACACACCACCUGUCGGAGUGACAACGGAAGAAUGGAUGAUCAAUAUGCAAGAUUUUCAACAAGGCAUGAAUCACAUAGAAUUCCAACCCUCCAUUGACCUAUUUGCUUACAAGUGUACGCGUUGCCACAGACGGGCGUAA